AUGGAGUUGAUGUUGAUUGACCCAGCGAGUUCGCCUCGAUACUCGCUUCCAUUCACAUUCAUCUGCCUUGCCGACUAUAGCGUUCUACUUCUUGCAUCUUCUAACGAAACCAACGGUGUCUCUCCUGCUGCCACCUUAAUGAUGUUGUUGUUUAUCUUUCUAUCUAUCACUGCCGUAUCCUUUGGCUUUGUGCAGCAGUCUGUGUCUGACAAACUGCUACCUAUGACCGCGGUCGACCCUCGAGAAAUUCGGCGGAAGAAGACUAAAGCCCUCGUUUUGCACGCUCUAUCUGGUCUAUACCUAUAUUUGGCAACAGUCUAUGUGCUCAUUUAUGCUUUGUGGCUCUGUUCAGUCAGUAAUGAAGCCUUGGGUACUCGACGUGUGGUCAUAAGAUAUCCCACCCUAUCCAUCCUCCUGUUGUUCGUUCCUCAAGUCCUAUUACGGUCGUAUAACAAGCUGCGUGCAAAAAUGAUCAGGUUCAGGAUCUGCUUCGAGAUCAGUGUGUGGAAGUUACGCCAGAAUCUCCCAAUUCUUCUCAUCACCCUCGAGACAUUGUUCCAGGAGUUUCAAACAUUCGUCGUUUUCGUGAAUGAAAUCCUGAACGAGGACUUCGAUGAGAAUUAUACCGAAGAUCGGGUCGCCAGAGUCAAGUCGGCAACGAUGAAAUAUGGAGUGGCGAUGCGAUACCUUGGUCGAGGCACGCUGUUCGAGGUGACCGCAAGGGCAUCCCCCUUUGGCGACUCCACCCACAAAGGCCUGAACAUUGAGGGAUCCAAGCCUCAGAAGUUCUUAGAAGCCAAGUCCUACCUGGAACGCGAAGCAAACGUUCUCAAACAUUUGCUGUCCUUUCGGUCAACACAUCCUCGCAUCCACCUGCCGGUUCUCCUGCGCGACCUCUCUGACGACACUCCACCCUCGAUCGAGUGCUUACCGGUCGGGGAGAAGACACUUGCAAAAUUUCUGAAACAGCACUGCACGUCCAACAGCCACGGCCUUCAGUUCAAGAGGAGCCUGAUGGGAUGGUUCGGUUGCACACUGAUCUGCGUCCGCUUUCUCCACGACAAGGCCCGUGUCUUACACACGGACAUCAAAGCCACCAACUUCGUCAUCAGCAGAGGCCGCAUUUACCUGAUUGAUUACAGCACCAGUCAGAUCUUGACGGCCGAGUCCAACUACACUUGCUCGGAUCGAAUCGUAAACUCCCCCAAGUACAGCGCACCCGAACUAUUCAGUCAUGAUACCAUUGGAUUCUUCUCAGACAUCUUCCCUUUGGGCUGUUUAUACCUUCAAAUGCUCACCGCAUUGUGUGAGGUUCAUCCAUCGCUCCUGGACAAGACAGAAACAAAUGGUCUCGACGACCGACACUGGUCCGAUCCCGACAAGCUCAACUGGAUUGUGACGAAGCAUCUACCGAGCCUGCGGUACAAGUGUGUGGAGUCUCUGUGUACCAUCGAAGACUUCCAAGCCAUCAAAGCUGUGAUUGCUUCGAUGCUCAGCGCUAGCCCAACAGACCGACCCACGGCUUCUUCCAUCCGUCUACCACGGCCUUUCCAGUCCAGAUGCUGUUGGAUACCUGGGCCUGAGCAGAGUGACAGUGACCACAUUGGUAAAUCUGCCGUUCAAGCACCGGAGAUAGAUGCCUUAGGGUUCACAGGAUGCGCAAUCCGAGAAGUUUCCGGCCGAGAGAUUGAUUCAUCGCCGUCUCCCAGCCAUGCUGAAAGAUAUCUCAACAUCAUCAUCCGCGACGACACUCACACUCACAGAAAAACUAGCAUGCAACUUCAAGACCCGGUACAGAGCACGGGUUCCAUCCCUCAUAUUGUUGUUGAUACCGUCUCCUCGUCAGACGCCGAAACUCCCAGUUUGACACGCUCAGCGUCUUCAGCGUCUUCACAUGCCUCUUUUAAUCAGUUGGCGUCAUCUCCAGACAUGCCGCAAACUCCGGCUGAUGCGCCACUACCGGCUGCUCAGCAUUCCACUUACAUUGGGUCUUUGGAUUUACUUCAACGUGCAGCGCUCCAACAGCCCCAGACGGAAGUUUUACAAGGGUUGUUGGACCCAAACCCGGCAAAGGCGUGGAACCACGCAUCGGUACUGGAAAACGAUACCGAUCGAGUUGACAUGGUUUACUUCAAUAAGCUUGUCCGACUUGUCAACAACCAACAGCACUUGGAGGUACGCCCGAUCAACAGAAUCAAGACUUGGCCCUCGGAAGGGCCGAGAGCCUGUUAA